GCAGACAGUGUUAGAUGCGAUCAAAUUGACCUCUGACAUGGGUAUUCAUUACCUCUGGGUGGACGCUUUCUGCAUCAUCCAGGACGACGAAAAUGACAAAGCCGCCCAGCUCCAGCUGAUGGCUGAGAUCUAUCAAUAUGCCCUCUUCAUCGUUGUGGCUGCUGUCGGCAACGACGCCCAAGCAGGGCUUCCAGGAGUCAGCAUACCAAGGGAAGCUAUUCAACAAAACGUUUUGGUGAAAAAAGCAGAAAGUCCAGAACUGGUGUUCAUUACAUACCACCAGGGGCUGCAUCCAAGUAUCCAUUGCGGCGCUUGUUCAUGCUCUCUAUCCAUACUCCCAGAUAAAGCAGUCGGGUAUGUACCAUGAACAGGGGAGGAGAUAGGGCAAGCCAGGGGAAUCGGCUCAAUCGAGUCGCUGGACUGGAAAGCAGGAGUUCAAGUCACUAUGGGCAGUCUUUGUG